CCAUUGAAUUUAUUUGAAUUAAUGGGAAUAAUUUCUUACCGACUACCCACUCGGUUUUAUCCUCUCUAUAAUAUGCCUUUAACCAUUCUCAAAUUAUUCUUUAAAACUCAACUCUAAAGACAUGUGUAGCAUAAACUUCUAGUAUUUUUUUUAGCAAUCUAAAAUCAUUCGAUGAUGUACCAUCUUAUCCAUAUUGAUAUUAUUAUCAUACAAUUCUAAUUAUUUUUUUUUUUUUGCCUCAUUCUCACUCAACCUCUUCUACCUCUUCCUUUCAUUCAAUAAAAUUCUUCAAAAAUCAGAAUUUGACUUGUAUUCAUUUGAGGGUUUAUUCCUUUCUUUCAUUUUCUAGCUGUUUUUUUUUUUCAAUUGUGUGAUUUUUAGCUUAAUUUCUUGUUUUUCUUCAUGCCCAAAAAUGCAUAUGGUUUUCCUUAAUAAUCAAGUUACCAUCUUUUAGCAAUUCUUAAAAUUGGGGUGUGAGUCUCUCUCUCUCUCUCUCUCAACAUGGCUAUCAAAGUUUAUUUGUCCAAAUACACCUUUUUCAUGGACAUCUCUUUCCUCUUGUUGAUUUGUGUUUUCAUGAUUAUUCACUUCAACACACCAAAAGAAGAUAUUUUUAUGGUUCUAAGAAAUAAAAACAACCACUCUACCUUUGAUGAUGUCAAUGAUGAACAAGGAUGCAAUACUUUAGACAACAUAGGUGACUACAAAGCCAAGUGUGUGUACCUUAAAUCCAAUGAUUCAUGUGUCUCUCAAGGCUACAUUGAUUACCUUUACCUUUUCUAUUGCAAAUUUGGAAAAUUUCCUUUUUUGGGUUAUACCCUUUUGUUUUCUUGUCUUUUAAUUAUUUUUUAUUUAUUGGCUAAUACAACUUCUUAUUAUUUUUGUCCUUCACUUGAAAAUUUAUCAAAGUUAUUAAGAUUGUCACCAACAAUUGCUGGUGUCACUCUUCUCUCUCUUGGUAAUGGUGCUUGUGAUGUUUUUUCUAGUCUUGUCUCUUUUCAAGUAAGUGGGACCCGCAAUAUUGGUUUGAACACAAUUAUUGGAGGUGUUUUUUUUGUGACAUGUGUUGUUGUUGGGAUAGUUAGCAUUUCAAUUAGUAAAAGAGGGAUUCAUGUUAUGAAGUAUGCUUUUGUAAGAGAUGUUUGUGUUCUACUUUUUGUUCUUCUUUGUUUGCUUUGUGUUUUGAUCAUUGGUGAGAUCAAUGUUUUUGGAGCAAUUGGUUUUUGUUUUAUGUAUUUUGUUUAUGUAAUUGUUGUUUAUGUCUCAUCUACCAAAUGGAAAGAUAGUGAUGUUGGUUGCGGUGAUGAUGAAAAGGAAAAUUAUGGAAAUGAAUUGAAUUUGAAUGUGUCUCUUCUAAACGGUGUGAAGAAAGGAUCUAAUAUUGAUUAUGUUGAAAAUGGUAUUCAAGAAUGUGAUUUGAAUAUAGAGAAAAAUUGUUGCUUCAUAAGAUCUUCAAUAUGUAGAAUUUUAUUUUGUGUUCUUGAGAUGCCACUUUAUUUACCAAGGAGAUUAACAAUUCCUAUUGUCAAUGAAGAGAAAUGGUCAAAGCUAUAUGGUGUUUCUUCAAUGAUAUUAGCACCAAUUCUCUUAUCUUUUCUAUGGAACACUCAAAAGGGACAUAGUAUUUUUAGCACAAGCCUUAUUGUUUAUGGAAUUGGAUUAUUGGUUGGAAUUAUAUUUGGUGUGAUAGCAUUUUUCACAACAAAUACUUCAAUGCCACCAAAAAAGUGCUUAUUUCCUUGGCUUGUAGGAGGGUUUAUAAUGAGUGUGGCAUGGAGUUACAUUAUAGCUCAAGAGUUGGUUGGAUUGUUGGUUUCAAUUGGUUUAAUUUGUAGAAUUAGUCCUUCAAUAUUAGGGUUAACAAUUCUUGCUUGGGGGAAUUCAAUUGGUGAUUUGAUAACAAAUUUAACAUUGGCUUUAAAUGGUGGACAAGAGGGGGUUCAAAUAGCAAUUUCAGGUUGUUAUGCUGGCCCAAUUUUUAAUACCCUUGUUGGAUUAGGAUUGUCUCUUGUAAGUUCUACAUGGUCACAAUAUCCACAACCUAUUUUGAUCCCUAAAGAUCCAUAUUUAUGGGAGACAUUGGUAUUUUUGGUGGUUGGAUUGGUUUUUGCACUAGUGGUUUUGAUCAAAAAAGAUAUGAAAGUUGAUGGAUUAUUGGGAGGAGGGCUUUUAGUUGUUUACUUCAUUUCUCUGUUUUUGAGGUUAAUUCAAACACAAGGGUCUCUCCAAUUUUAGGAUAGGUAAGGUUUAGAUUCUUAGUAUUUAGAAUACAACAUGUUUAAGGCUUGUCAUCAAACUCUUAUAACCAAUGACAAAUAGUAACAAAAUGUUUGGACUAAGUGAUCAAUGAGUUUCUAUUAAUAACGAUUUAUUUGGAAAAA